CCGAAAUUUUUAAAAAUACUUAUAUUUAUAUUUUUUCAUUCAAUUUGAUUUCUCGCUCUCCGUAAUAUGCCAAAUCCUCAUUCCUUCUCCCUCCGCUCAUCCAUUUUCUAAGUCUGCUUUUUCCAGGUUUAAGGUUCUGCUGUUUUCUCUACGAGAUAAACAGAGGAACAGAUGGGGCAAAAAUCGCUGAUCUACAGCUUCGUCGCUCGAGGCACGGUUAUUCUGGCUGAGUAUACCGAGUUCACCGGAAAUUUCACCAGUGUUGCUGCUCAAUGCCUCCAGAAACUCCCUUCUUCUAAUAACAAGUUCACCUAUAACUGCGAUGGUCAUACAUUCAAUUACCUUGUUGAAAAUGGCUUCACCUACUGUGUGGUUGCUGUCGACUCUGCUGGCAGGCAAAUUCCAAUUGCCUUUCUGGAGCGAGUUAAGGAAGACUUCAAGAAGAGAUAUGGUGGAGGAAAAGCUGCAACUGCUCAGGCCAAUGGCCUGAAGAGAGAAUUUGGGCCCAAACUGAAGGAGCACAUGCAGUACUGUAUGGAUCAUCCUGAAGAGAUCAGCAAGCUUGCAAAAGUAAAGGCUCAGGUGUCUGAAGUUAAGGGUGUGAUGAUGGAAAAUAUUGAGAAGGUUCUUGAUCGUGGUGAAAAGAUUGAGCUCCUGGUGGAUAAAACUGAGAACCUUCGCUCACAGGCACAAGAUUUCAGACAGCAGGGAACUAAGAUAAAAAGGAAGAUGUGGAUUGAAAAUAUGAAGAUGAAAUUGAUUGUUUUCGGUAUCGUCCUUGCCUUGAUUCUCAUCAUAGUGUUAUCCGUAUGUCAUGGCUUCAACUGUUAGUUUCUCUUGAAUUUCAUCUGAUGUUAACCUUGCCGCCAAGCUAACUGGAUUUUCCGUCUAAAUUGGUUCACCUUUCUUCUGAUGAUACGUCCUGCAGAUCUCUCUCUAUGGGGUCUUUUAGGUUUCACCUUCCCCCCCUUAUGUUAGCCUUUUAGGAUGUGAGAAGGUUUGUAUUUUGGAUUGGUUGUAUAGGUUAUAUGUUGAACUUCCCCUGGUAGAUAUUUUUCUUUGUUCUUAUUAUAUUUGUUCAAGUGUAAUGGAGGAUCACUUAAAUCCCUGCAGUUUAGAAAGUCCUCUUGAAAUGCUGUUAAUGUAUCUUUCUUUUUGAUCUAUAUUUUUCAAACUUUUCCUUA